AUGGCAAGACUAGGUCAACAUUGCAGGGCACAUUCAUCGGAUUCGCCCAGUCCGACUGCUUACCCUGGCCCAUCGUGGGCUACUUUCCUGACGACUGACCACGACAAUAUCGCUCACUUCAUCAUUGGCAGAGCCUUUCCCGCUGCCGUCGGUGCUAUAUUUAUAGUCCUUAGCGCCUCAGGACCAGCGUCUAUCGUGCCUGCCAGCUAUCAAUGUAUACACGUGCAACAUGCCCUCAACCCUCACCCAUUUCUCCUCUCCAUCUCACCUGAACUUCGUCCACAUUCCCCAUAUCCUACACCCCUUCUUGUCUCACCACUCAGCCCAUCCAAUAUGCCUCGUGUCGCUCGUCGUUUGCGUCGUGGCCGUGGUAGCUGGGAAGGCCAAUAUAUCAGACUUCAAGUCAUUGGCGGACACAAUAUCAACGUCCCUUCCAAGCGCAUACCCGCAGGCAUUUACGUGGCCAUCAAAUUCGACAAGAUGAAACGCUGGAACUCAGCUGUCCGAGUCCUAUCGUCCGACAAUUCUGUGGCUUGGGGUGAUUCCGUGACCUUAUCACCAGAUGCAUCGCCUAGUUUAUCUCUGGAGAUCCGGGCGUCCUUUGAGCUCGGUCGUAUGCUAGGGCAUGGAGAACUUGUUGGAACACUUGAAACAUCGUGGCAUAAGGUCCUCGAUCAUAGAGACGAACCUUUCGAUCUGUCCUUCCAGCCAAUUGAUGAUAUUUGCCCUACGCUCACGCUGAAGGCCGUUUCUGUGCACGCUUGCGGAAAUGAGGACAUCGGACUAUUUGAUCCUCCGCUGACAGAACACAAACUGCAGACCGUCGCCGAUUCCGAGAUCACGCGGCGCACAGAUGAAGGCCAUGCACGUUUUCGAAAGUACAUGAGAAGCCAGCAUACCUCUCAACUGAACCGUUCCGUAAAUAAUUUCCAGUGGGUUUUGGACCAGUGUCCGGUUGGCCAUCCCGACCGCGCUGCCGCUCUUACCAACCUCGCAUGGGCCCGCCUUCAAGGCUAUAUUCGAAAUGAUCUUCCAGACAUUGACUCUACUACCGCUCUAUUGCGUGACGCGCUUGCGUUGCGUCCGCAGGGCCACCCAGACCAUCCCUUAUCUCUUUAUCAUCUUACCGUAGUGCUGGCCUGGCGCCAUCAGGAUCAAAAAACCACCACUGCAAUCCGUGAAUGUGCCCAACUCUACCACGAGCUAGGCACCUAUUUUUGUAACAUCACGGCAGGGGACAAACUCGUCGAUUAUGUGAUUCAGGCAUGCAACAAUCUUCCAAGGGACACAUCCGACGAAGGCAUCCAACUUCGACGGAUCGUGCUCGAGCACUGUCCGAGGGGCUGCAUCUGUGCCCUAUUGGACAUGAAUAUCGUGAUAUAUCAUUGGACAACUCUUAGCGAGCGCCCUCCUCGACCGUUUCCGAGGCAACACAGUAAUAUUGAUGACAUCAACAGAGCUAUCAGCCUCUAUCGCGAGGCACUGACAUUGCUGUCCACCUGGGCAUCCAAUUAUAUGCACGAAUUAGAUACCAGCGAGGAUCUCGAUGAGGCCAUCAAUUUGUUCCGCGAAUCACUUCGGUUAAGGCAGCUUGACCAUCCAGAACGCCAUACACCCCACUCAAGGCUUUCCAAAUCGCAUCACACAGCCUUGAGAUGGGUUGAUGCAGCCGAGGAUCAUGAGCACGAAUCUGUCGUCGAAGCAUAUCACACAUGCUUGGAUCUUUUUGACAACCAUGUGAUGACGCGAUCCUCCAUUAUCUCACGGCGCGAUGCCGCAACCGCUUUUUAUGGUGCACAAUCACUGCCAGUAGAUGCAGCGUCGUGCACCAUUCGUCGUAAUGAUCUGCAACGAGCAGUUGAACUCGUGGAGCAGGGCCGUGGCCAGCAAUGGUCACUGGCCUCUCGACUUAGGACUCCAUUGGAAGACCUCGCAUCCGCAAGUCCACCACUAGCUCACAGCCUCUCAGAGCUCAGUAGCACAGACAGUGCUGCUGCUGACCGGGCAGCAAUAGAAUACAGGAGACUUACAAAGGAAUGGGAUGCUGCAGUGGCAGAGGUUCACAGUAUUCAAGGUUUUUCGCGUUUCCUACUGCCACCAUCAUAUGAAGAACUGCAAGCUGCAGCGCAGCUAUGGGCCAGUCAUCAUCCUCAAUGCCAGCAAAUACUCUUGGGAGCCGCACCAUGUUCCCUUCCCAUCUCUCACUCUCGCGUAUCUCGAGAUGCUGCAAGAAUAACUUUGCCAUGGAGAUACGGCUGGCAGCUCGAUAUGGGCCCAACAGAACCGCGAAAGGAUUUGCGUGCGCUGUUGCGGCAAGUAUGGGAACAGAUCAUGCUGCCCAUCAUUGAUGUUCUCAAGCAUGACCUGGAAUUGCAGGACCGGUCUCGAAUAUGGCUGUGUCCCACGGCAGCCUUCACCUCCAUUCCUCUCCAUGCAGCCAACCCCUUUCGAAAGAAUUCAAAUCGCUCUGGGAUGGAACCGUCCCUUGAGGAUCUCUACAUAUGCUCUUACACGCCCACACUUUCGGCUUUGAUCAGGUCUCGACAGAUGAUGAAGAUGCGUGCGGAGACACCGUGCUUCGUGGCGAUUGGGCAGAGUCAACCAGGUGCUGGGCAAGGUAAAAUGCUCGCCGCUGUCGACAGCGAGCUCGAGCUCGUCCAUAAACUCACUCCCCCCAAUGCCAAGUUCACCACUCUCUCUGGCGAUGAUGCUACACGGGCAGGUGCACUGGAUGCUUUGCGACGCAACACCUGGGUGCACCUCGCUUGUCAUGGCAAGCAAGACCACCAGCAGCCCUAUCAUUCACGUUUUUCCAUGAGAGAUGAACCCCUCACACUACUCGACAUCAUGGAGAAUGACACGCCGCAUGCCGAAUUCGCGUUCUUAUCAGCGUGUCAUACCGCCGUCGGCGAUGAAAAGACGCCCGACGAAGUCAUCCAUCUCGCAGCUGGUCUACAGUUUUCGGGGUUCAAGAGUGUGAUUGGCACUCUUUGGGCGGUCGACGACGCUGUCACAAAACACGUUGUUGAAGCUUUUUACGAGAAUAUGUUCAAGGAGGGUGUCAUUGACUGUACAAGGGCAGCCUCGUCACUCAACUAUGCUACGGACACUGUGAAGAAAAUAAUACCGCUCGAGCAGAAAAUCGUGUUCGUUCAUAUUGGUGUGUAG